GCGAAGCCGGCCGUGCGGUGUGUGUGUAUGUGUUCGCGGGGCGCUGUUUCAGCCCCGGGAAGAUGGUGGCGGCCGCGGCGGUGACUGAGGCGAGGCUGAGGAGGAGGACGGCGGCGACGGCAGCGCCCGCGGGCAGGAACGGCAGGCGGUACCGGGACUGGGACGUGACUGGGGUUGAGAGGCCAGGGCUGGGGGCCGGGCUGCGCCUCUCACGGCUGCUGUCGCCUCCGCUGCCGCCGCGGCUGCUGCUGCUGCUGCUGCUGCUGCUCCCGCCGUUGCUGCUGCUGCCCUGGGAGGCCGAGGCGGCGGCGGCGGCGGCGGCGGUGUCGGGCUCAUCCGCAGCCGAGGCCAAGGAAUGUGACCGGCCCUGUGUCAACGGCGGUCGCUGCAACCCUGGCACCGGCCAGUGCAUCUGCCCCGCCGGCUGGGUGGGCGAGCAAUGCCAGCACUGCGGGGGCCGCUUCAGACUAACCGGAUCUUCUGGGUUUGUAACAGAUGGACCUGGAAAUUACAAAUAUAAAACGAAGUGCACAUGGCUCAUUGAAGGACAGCCAAAUAGAAUAAUGAGACUUCGUUUCAAUCAUUUUGCUACAGAGUGUAGUUGGGACCAUUUAUAUGUUUAUGAUGGGGACUCAAUUUAUGCACCACUAAUUGCUGCCUUUAGUGGCCUCAUUGUUCCUGAGAGAGAUGGCAAUGAGACCGUCCCUGAAGUUGUUGCCACAUCAGGUUAUGCCCUGCUGCAUUUUUUUAGCGAUGCUGCUUAUAAUUUGACUGGAUUUAAUAUCACAUACAAUUUUGACAUGUGCCCGAAUAAUUGCUCAGGCCGAGGAGAAUGUAAGAUCAGUAAUAACAGCAACACAGUUGAGUGUGAAUGUUCUGAAAACUGGAAAGGUGAAGCGUGUGACAUUCCUCACUGUACAGAUAACUGUGGUUUUCCCCAUCGAGGCAUUUGCAAUUCAAGUGAUGUCAGAGGAUGCUCCUGCUUCUCGGAGUGGCAGGGUCCUGGAUGUUCAAUUCCUGUACCAGCUAACCAGUCUUUUUGGACUCGAGAGGAAUACACUAACAUCAAGCUCCCCAGAGCAUCUCAUAAAGCUGUGGUCAGUGGAAAUAUAAUGUGGGUUGUUGGAGGAUAUAUGUUCAACCACUCAGAUUACAACAUGGUUCUAGCGUAUGAUCUUGCUUCUAGGGAGUGGCUUACACUAAACCAUUCUGUGAACAGUGUGGUUGUUAGAUAUGGUCAUUCUUUGGCAUUAUACAAGGAUAAAAUUUAUAUGUAUGGAGGAAAAAUUGAUUCAACAGGGAAUGUGACAAAUGAGUUGAGAGUGUUUCAUAUUCAUAAUGAAUCAUGGGUAUUGUUGACCCCUAAAGCGAAGGAGCAGUAUGCAGUGGUUGGGCAUUCAGCACACAUUGUUACACUGUCAAGUGGCCGAGUGGUCAUGCUGGUCAUCUUUGGUCACUGUCCUCUCUAUGGAUAUAUAAGCAAUGUGCAGGAAUACGACUUGGAUAAGAAUACAUGGAGUAUAUUACACACCCAGGGUGCCCUUGUGCAAGGGGGCUAUGGCCACAGCAGUGUGUAUGACCACAGGACCAGGGCCCUGUAUGUUCAUGGUGGCUACAAGGCUUUCAGUGCCAAUAAAUACCGACUUGCAGAUGAUCUCUACAGAUAUGAUGUGGAUACCCAGAUGUGGACCAUUCUUAAGGACAGCCAAUUUUUCCGUUACUUGCACACAGCUGUGGUAGUGAAUGGAAACAUGCUGGUGUUUGGAGGAAACACACAUAAUGACACAUCCAUGAGCCAUGGUGCCAAAUGCUUCUCUUCAGAUUUCAUGGCUUAUGACAUUGCUUGUGACCGCUGGUCAGUGCUUCCCAGACCUGAUCUCCACCAUGAUGUCAACAGAUUUGGCCAUUCAGCAGUCUUACACAACAGCACCAUGUAUGUGUUUGGUGGUUUCAACAGUCUCCUCCUCAGUGACAUCCUGGUAUUCACCUCAGAGCUAUGUGAAGCGCACCAGAGUGAAGCUGCUUGUUUAGCAGCAGGACCUGGUGUCCGAUGUAUGUGGGAUACAGGGUCAUCUCAGUGUAUCUCUUGGGAGUCGGCAGCUGAUAUACAAGAGGAAAAAUUAAAAUCAGAAUGUUUUUCCAAAAGAACUCUUGACCAUGACAGAUGUGACCAGCACACAGAUUGUUACAGCUGCACAGCGAACACCAAUGACUGCCACUGGUGCAAUGACCACUGUGUCCCUAGGAACCACAACUGCACGGAAGGCCAGAUCUCCAUUUCCAGUUAUGAGAAUUGCCCCAAAGAUAACCCCAUGUACUACUGUAACAAGAAGACCAGCUGCAGGAGCUGUGCUCUAGACCAGAACUGCCAGUGGGAGCCCCGGAAUCAGGAGUGCAUCGCCCUGCCUGAAAAUAUCUGUGGCAUUGGCUGGCAUUUGGUUGGAAACUCGUGUUUGAAAAUUACUGUUGCCAAGGAGAAUUAUGACAAUGCUAAAUUGUCCUGUAGGAACCACAAUGCCUUUUUGGCCUCUCUUACAACCCAGAAGAAGGUAGAAUUUGUCCUUAAACAGCUGCGAAUAAUGCAGUCAUCACAGAGCAUGUCCAAGCUCACCUUAACCCCAUGGGUUGGCCUUCGGAAGAUUAAUGUGUCCUAUUGGUGCUGGGAAGAUAUGUCCCCAUUUACAAAUAGUUUACUGCAGUGGAUGCCAUCUGAGCCCAGUGAUGCUGGAUUCUGUGGAAUCUUGUCAGAACCCAGUACUCGGGGUUUGAAGGCUGCAACCUGCAUCAACCCACUCAAUGGUAGCGUCUGUGAAAGGCCUGCGAACCACAGUGCCAAGCAGUGCCGGACGCCAUGUGCCUUGAGGACAGCAUGUGGAGAAUGCACCAGCGGCAGCUCCGAGUGCAUGUGGUGCAGCAACAUGAAGCAGUGUGUGGACUCCAAUGCCUAUGUGGCCUCUUUCCCUUUCGGACAGUGUAUGGAGUGGUAUACAAUGAGCAGCUGCCCCCCUGAGAAUUGUUCAGGCUACUGUACCUGUAGUCAUUGCUUGGAGCAACCAGGCUGUGGCUGGUGUACUGAUCCCAGCAAUACUGGCAAAGGAAAAUGCAUAGAGGGCUCCUAUAAAGGACCAGUGAAGAUGCCUUCACAGGCCCCUACAGGAAAUCUCUAUCCACAGCCUCUUCUCAAUUCCAGCAUGUGUCUGGAGGACAGCAGAUACAACUGGUCUUUCAUUCAAUGUCCAGCUUGCCAGUGCAAUGGCCACAGCAAAUGCAUCAAUCAGAGUAUCUGUGAGAAGUGUGAGAACCUGACCACAGGCAAGCACUGCGAGACCUGCAUAUCCGGCUUCUAUGGUGAUCCCACCAACGGAGGGAAAUGUCAGCCAUGCAAGUGCAAUGGGCAUGCAUCGCUGUGCAACACCAACACGGGCAAGUGCUUCUGCACCACCAAGGGUGUCAAGGGGGACGAGUGCCAGCUAUGUGAGGUAGAAAAUCGAUACCAGGGAAACCCUCUCAAAGGGACAUGUUAUUAUACUCUUCUUAUUGACUACCAGUUCACUUUUAGCCUAUCCCAAGAAGAUGACCGCUAUUACACAGCCAUCAAUUUUGUGGCUACUCCUGAUGAACAAAACAGGGAUUUGGAUAUGUUCAUUAAUGCCUCCAAAAACUUCAACCUCAACAUCACUUGGGCUGCCAGCUUCUCAGCUGGAACCCAGGCUGGAGAAGAGAUGCCUGUUGUUUCAAAAACCAACAUUAAGGAGUACAAAGAUAGCUUCUCUAAUGAGAAGUUUGAUUUUCGCAACCACCCAAAUAUCACUUUCUUUGUUUAUGUCAGUAAUUUCACCUGGCCCAUCAAAAUUCAGAUUGCCUUCUCCCAGCACAGCAAUUUUAUGGACCUGGUACAGUUCUUCGUGACUUUUUUCAGUUGUUUCCUCUCUUUGCUCCUGGUGGCUGCUGUGGUUUGGAAGAUCAAACAAAGUUGUUGGGCCUCCAGGCGUAGAGAGCAACUUCUUCGGGAGAUGCAACAGAUGGCCAGCCGUCCCUUUGCCUCUGUAAACGUUGCCUUGGAAACAGAUGAAGAGCCUCCUGAUCUUAUUGGGGGGAGUAUAAAGACUGUUCCCAAACCCAUUGCACUGGAGCCAUGUUUUGGCAACAAAGCUGCUGUCCUUUCUGUGUUUGUGAGGCUCCCUCGAGGCCUAGAUGGAAUCCCUCCCCCUGGGCAGUCGGGUCUUGCUGUGGCCAGUGCCCUGGUAGACAUUUCUCAGCAGAUGCCAAUAGUAUACAAAGAGAAGUCAGGAGCUGUGAGGAACCGGAAGCAGCAGCCCCCUGCCCAGCCUGGAACCUGCAUUUGAGGCUGGGCCCAGGGACUCUCCUGCGCGCAUGCCCAAGCAUGUGGCACACCAGAGACAUCGGCAGGGGAGGGCCAGGCGGGGAAGCGACUGUGCAGUGCAGGCCGAAGACUGGAAACCCUCUAAGCAUCUGACUCAUCUGCAUGAUCACAAGCUUUUUUUGACGGUUUCUCCCAUCCGUGUUCCAGCAUCUAACCUUUGACUUUUGCAUAGGAAAUUGAUUUAAAAACAGGUCCAGGGAUGAUCCAAUUGUUGCUGGAGAAGGCCGGUGUAGAGCCAGUGAGAACGCUAGGAAUGACGCUCAGGUUCACGUGUGGAAACUGUUCUUGGGACUGUCUCAGCUGUGCAAAAAACAAAUGAUGGCGUGUUUACAGGUAGACAUUUGUCAUCAGGUGUUCUUGAACAUGGUCUUUUAAAAACUAGUCAGAUGAACUAACUUGUUUUCAUCUGAAGCCUGUUAUCUUUUUUUAAAGACGUGCUAUUUAUUCUUGCACAAUUUAGGCAUAUAUCUCUCUUCCAGGGAGUAACUUUUUUUUCUAGUAGAGAAUAAUGGUCCAUCUCUUUUGAAUCAUAUCAAACUAGGAUAGAAGGGGGCUAUUUUAAAUGUUAAGGUCAGCAGUGUUAGAAUGUAAACUGAUGUAAUAGGUAGUUUUCUAUAGCGACUUAAUUUAGUCUUAAUCCAUUUGAAAUUCUCUUUCUUCCUCUCUUUUUCUCUCCCUCCUUACGUCUCCCCUCCACACACACACACACUAACACACACACUAACACACACUAAGUGCCUAGACUUCAAAUAGAUCUAGCAAUUGGAAAGUUAAUAAGCCUGAGUUUUUACAUAGUUGCAUUCCUACAUUCUUGUAAAAUUUAAAUAGCUACCAUUGGCAAUCUCAUCUUUUUCUAAAAUCUAAUUUGCAGCCAGGAAAGAAUUUUCUCACCCCAAGGAACAUUUGAUCUAGCAGCAGGGACUGAGAGGAAAGCAGAAAUAAACUGUGAAAGCUUCUGUUUUUAUUGUCUAAAAAGACACUGUCAAGAAGGCUCAGUCCCCAUGCGCCCUCCCACCCCCUCUCCCCGUGUCACUCUAGGCCUGAUAUUUGAUUGGCCCUCUGGCCUCCUCCUGCCAGGGUACCACAGAGGGACUCCCUCAUGUCACAUGUCUCCUUUGAGCAGAAAAGAGCAUCAAGAGCACUUGGGACCCCUGAAUCAGAGUGACUCUGUGUUCCUGUAGCCUGCUGUGAACUUGCGGGUUAUUCUCUGGCUGGGGGUGGAAUCGGAUGUCAGGAGAGGGACAGCCUCCUGUUAUUGGGCAGAACCUGCUGAAAGCCUGGAGAAGGACCUGGAGCUGUUUACCCAAUUUCCCCCAGGAGGGGCUCGGCCCACGCAUCCUCCUUCCCAGACCCAUUGGUGGCUGUGAGGAGGGCAGUGAACACUAAGGGUGAAGGGCACAUGGAAAAAAUAGGCAAGGAAGGAAAACUACUAAAUGGAAAAUGACCAAAUUUAAGAGGGGUGGAACGGUUCCCUGCUCUUAUCCCACAGGGCACUGCCUGGAUGUUAUGUUUUCCCCAUUUAUGGUGCUCUGUAUUGUGGCAUUAUGCAGCAGCCUCCCCAAGGUCUCUCUUCUGCUUCAAAACCUGGGAUUGUAUGGCAUUACCCUAUUGGGAUGGACUUCUGAACAGCAGUUCUCAAGUUUGUGAAUUUGAAGAAAUUAAUACUAAAAGCAAAAACUGUGGCAUUUCAUCUUUGAAUGCAGUGCCUGGAGAGAGAGCAUUAUCUCUUCCCCAACACAUUAACCCCACUCCCAUGAAGAACUGCCUGGAAAGAUGUUUUCGAGGAAGCUGAAUCAUAAUACGCUGAUGCACAAGACACCUCUACUCGAGACUCACCUUUCAAAAAGCUUCUUUUUCACAUCAUUGUUAAAGAGCACUCUAGUAAAGACCCCAGAACGCAGCACCCACAGAGAGCCUGUAGUGGAUGGGCUCUUCACCCCUAUAACUACUGUGAGGCCUCUGGACAAAGGAAGAGGGAGGCCAUUGAGGACUGUCCUCCUACCAGGAAGAUCUUCCUUGUUUGUUCAAGGGGCCAGGUUUUACUUGGCCAAAGAAGACUCCUCCCCUUGUUAGUCCCAUGCCUUGAAAUAACAUGCACCAUGACCCACAGCCACCUGGUUAUGUCUUUUUGUUUUUUUCCUAAAAGAUAAUGUUUAUUUUUAAAAAGAAAGGAAGAAGUAAACUGAAUCCACCUGCUUCUCCUUUGCAGCCAACAGCAAAUAGCUUCCUCCAGGCUCAAGGCAGAAGAAGGGGUGGCAAGGGAGGAAGAGGAGCUCAGCCUAGGUCCAGUCACCAAAAGGGAACAGGCCAUCAUAGGUCCAGUCACCAAAAGGGAAUGGGCCAUCAUCUGGUAACUGUGUGUGUCACAGGAGAGCCUGUAUAUAAAAUAAUCAUGGAAACAUUGAUCUUGCACUUGUACAUAGCUAUACAGUAGUGUCCAGAAUGUUCACACAUUUGGAGUGUACAUAAAACAGAAAAAUAUCUUAAUGUAUUUUUAUCAAACAUAACUGUCUGAGUUUCACCUAAUAUGUUUUUGUGCCAUAUACUGAAUAUCUGAGUUCUGAGAAGUCCUCUCAUCAGGCCCUGAUAUGUUAAUAACAAAGCCUGGAAAUAAAUCCCCAUGGCGUUGAUGUGUUCAGUGCGUCUGGUACCAAUUAGAUAACUCUGAAACAGGACUCACCUAUCAGAAUGCAAAUGAAAAGUCAGGCGGUGAAUCUCUUUAAACAACAGUGUGUAUAAGGAGAUUCAAGGAAGCAGGAGACUCUGCAAGCUUAUCAUGAAUCUUUCUGGCAGUUUCUUGGUACUCUUGGUGGCAAAGGAUGACCUCUCACGUCCUGAGAAAUGUUUUUCUUAGUCUUUGAGUUCAAAGACUAUAGCCUGUGGAAAUUAGACUUUGCAAAGAGGAGUUCUUCAGGCUGCAUUUUGUCGUGGUUUUCUCUCCAUUUUGAAUGACCAUUUCCCAGGACUAUAGUUUAUUAUACUGAAAACUGGGGGUGGGAGUGGGGAGGCUAGUUUGUUGAUAAAUAGCUCCCAUUUCCUCAUGGAGAAUUGCACAUACCCUGGAUUCCUAUCAACCUCCCCUGUCUCACUACACACAACUUGGGGAGAAGCCUGUGCUUCCCUCUGAGGAUCACUGGUAAAGGUGGGAGGAGGUGAGAGAAUGCAACGCAUACUCCCCUGAGCUAACCCAGAGGCAAGGAAGUCCUGGACAGGAGACUGUCAGCAGAAGAAAGUACUGUAAUAUCUGUGGGUGAGAUGCAAGAUUGGAGACACACUAGGAAAUCUGGGGUAGGAAAUUGGUAGGAAAACAUUUCACCUUCCAGUGCAAAUCUUGCUCCUUCAGCUUAAUGGAGUGUAUUGGAGGUAGGGAGUGGAGGAUUUACUUCCUUGGGUGCUAUCAUUUUCAUGAACCCCCUUGAUCCAUUCAUUCAACAGAUAUUCACUAAACACUUACUAACUUAAGCCAGUGCUAUGGCAGUGACUCAGAAGUAAAAGCUUCUCUGUAGAAUUACAAUAAAAUCUAACUCCUCACACCCCUGCCAUCAGAUCUUUCCUCGGGCAGAACCAGAAGGUAGAGGCCUCCUGUCCUCAGGGUGUGCCUUGGCUCCCCUCUGAAAUGUUUAUCCUGUUGACCGAACUUGGCUCCAACCAUAAAGAACACCAUGAUGGUUUCAGAUAGCCAGGCCCACCACAAGACAGGGCCCUCGAUGAGUCGAGUUGCUCAGAUCCUCAAACACCCCGCCUGAAGGGAGACGCCUUGGGAUGGAGACAAGAACCGGCGCCUUCUCUUUUCAGGCAAUAAUGGAAUCAACUCUCAGUAACUGGACUUGUGCACAAAAAAUUCUAAACACUAGUGAAGCCUGCUUCGUUGAACUAAUUCUGGCCCUGGAGAUGUUUUCGUUUUAUGGUUAUUUACGGUUUUUUUGUUGUUGUUUGUUUGUAUUCAAGCUUAGUUUGUUAAUAUGUAUAAUUCAGCAUCUCUUGCACUCAUGUAAAUAUGGAGUAAGUAUUGUAAACUAUUCCAUUGCUGGGGAUCGUGGGUGUUAUACAUACACUUAGGACUGCAAUUUUUUUGGUAUUUUUUGUAUUGUAAAAUAACAGCUAAUUUAAGCAGGAACAGAGAAUUAAGGGAGGUCUGUGCAUUUUAAACACAAAUGUGAAGAACUUGUAUAUAAACAAAAGUAAAUACUAUAAUACAAACUUCCUUCUGAAAUAAAAGUAGAUCUGGUAAAAA